AUGGGAAUUGGAGUGGUAGCUCGAGAUGAGUAUGGCAGCUGUAUUGCAUGGAUAUCACGCAGAAUGAACAAAGUCAGGCACGACGAAUUGGCCGAAGCAUGGGCGGCUUUGGAAGCUAUCCAACUAGCAAUCCCACAAGGAUGGUCAUCUGUUAUCUUAAAAGGGGAUUGCCCAACUCUUAUUACUAAACUUCAGUCCCCGAAUCAGGAUUACUCCGUAGUAGGGACACUGGUCUCUAACAUUCAGGCGACUGUUGGUGCCUUUUCUUCUUGGUCUUUUAGCUUCGUUAAACGUAUUUGUAAUGCAGAUGCUCAUGCCUUGGCCAAAUCUGCUUCUUCUUCUGCAUCGUAG